AUGCGCGGCAUCGUCACAGCGCUGCUGGCAUUGGCUACCGUCGCUUAUAGCCACGGUAACCAUGAUCAAGAAGAUACCAGCGUGGAAACCGACUGGGCUACAAGACACAUGAAAGAGGAACACCACGUUAACAACUUCGACCCGGCCUCAUUCUUCACUCUUCACGACUACGACAACUCUGGAGACUGGUCGCCUGACGAGAUCCGCAAAACGUACGGCCUGCAAGAUCCGUCCAACUCACACGUCACCGAAAGCCAAAAGGAAGCCCUGGUUCGCGACGUGCUGAGCCAAUUCGACCCUGCCGGAACCGGUUCAGUAUCGCGCGACGAAUGGAUGCGUCAGAGUCAAGCAGGAAAACGGCUACCUGACUUUGGGUACGGUCCUGGACACCACGGCGAUAUCGAGUACGAGUACGAAAUUCACCAUUUCGAAAAAUACCACAGCGAGGAUUCUACGGAGGAAGAGUUGAACCACCCGGAGGACAUUGAGCAUUUCAAGCUCCACGACGAGAUGGAUUUGGCCCAGGAAAGACUGGAGAAACUGGAGAGUAUGCAGAUUGUCGAGGCCAACAUUCCUCAGAAGUUCUUUCGCAGCAGGUAA